GCAGUCGUGCGUGAUCGUCAAACUCUCGGAUUGGAAGGUUCGGGAGGGGAGGCGAGGCGAGGCGAGGGCAGAGAUAGGCAGGCAGAUUAGAGGCCCGUUCGUGGUUUGCCCCCAUGUCCUCCUCCGCCUCCUGCCUCGCCCCUCCCCCUCCGCGGCUCCCGUGCUCCUCCAGGGCCCCCCUCCCCCCUCCCUCCUCCUCCGCCUCCGCCCGGCCUAGGAGGGCUGCUGCGGCCAAGGGAUGGAGGAGGCCGGCGCGUGUCUCCUGCUUCAGGCAGGGGCAGGAUGUCCCCACGGCGUCUGAUGACGGCGCCGGCGGAUUCGAGCACAUCUCGCCGCCGGAGGGCUCGCGGGGCCUAGAUGCGAAUGCGGAAGAGGGGGAAGGCUCGAGCGAGGAGGGGGAGCGCAAUUCCGAGGAGGGGGAUUGGUUUGUCACGGCACAAAAGAUAAAGAGAAAUUUACAAGAGAGAAUAUUCAGAUUUCAGACACAACGAUGGACUGUACCUUGGACUGGAGAAACCAUUGCUCAGGUCAUGAUUUUAUGGAUUGCCACAUUUUGGUUUGUGGGUUCCUGGAUAGUGCCGUUUUUGGCUCAUGCUGCUGGCUUUAGCAAGGAAACAUUGACACAUCGGGGUCAAGCACUCUAUAGCCUCCUUACAGAUAUAACUGAAGGCCUUGCUGGAAUUGCUAUUCUUCACCACUGUCUUGGUAGAUUUCGCCCCCUUCCUCCUGGUUGGUUUGAGUUCAAUUUAAAGGGAAGAUGGUAUUUGGAUGUAGCGUUGGGGUGCCUGUUAUUCCCGCUGGUCAAUUUUCUUUCUCACAUCAACAUCAACCUAGUACCAAUGUCAUCAGGGCCAGUUGCCGGGGUCUCCAGUGUAGAACAGUCCAUUGUGGCCCGUGAUCCGGUGGCGAUGGUUUUGUAUGCUGUGGUGGUCACUGUAUGUGCACCUAUAUGGGAAGAGAUAGUGUUCCGAGGUUUCCUCCUUCCAUCUUUAACGCGGUACAUGCCGCUUCCAUGGUCAAUCCUGGUAAGUGCUGCAGCUUUUGCACUGGCACACUUCAAUGCACAGAGGGUUAUGCCUUUGGUUUUUCUUGGUGUUGUGAUGGGAGGGGUCUUUGCAAGAUCACGCAACUUGUUAGCAUCAAUGGUAUUGCACAGCCUAUGGAAUGGUUUUGUGUUCUUGGAUUUGAUGAAGUGAGCUAUGUUGGUUACGGUGCAACUUCAGGUACCUGAUAUGAACUCUACUCCAACUACGGUUCACAUUUUAAUGGACAUGAUAAAAGCAUGUUUAUUAAGGACACAGGGUGGGUACUCGGAUUUUUGUGGAGAAACAGUGUAAACUAAAGAGAAAAGAGCAGCGGUUUGUUGGCGCUCUAGUGCAGGGGAAUAGGCUUUACAGUAGAACCAGUAGGGUGUUAUCCAUGGCCAUAGGAUUUGUACCCAGAAGCAGCUUUGUUGCUUUCAUGUAAAUCGCAUACGCAUGAGAAUAAUUGUCUCAUGGUGUAUAGAUUCCCCAUUCAGAUUAAAUUGUGUAUUCAUUUCCCCCUUUGUAGUCUCUGAAAAAUAAAAUUCAUUAGUAUGUCUUGUCUGGUGAUUUGGCAGGAAUGCCACUAUCCGUUCGACUAAUUCUUUUGCCCAUUCGAUUAAUGAUGCUAUUCUACACUGAGUUUGCUCGUA